UUUAAACCAGUAACAGUUUCCAAUACUCUCAAUUAUGGCCCGCAACUUCUUAUCAGUUGCAGUGUCAGGAGUUGGUGUUAAAUCUCUUUUUAAUACCAGUCAUGAUAUCUGUUACUAUCGCCGAAGCCGCCUUGAUCCAAAAACUAUUCAUGGACUUAUAAUACUUCUUAUAGCAGAUCGCUUUCAGUUAAGAAAAGACUGCCAAAUUGAGAAGAAAGAGAGUGAUAAUAUAUCAGAUAUCUAUAACUACCUUAAACAACCGGGUGAUAAGGAUCACUUUGAAUAUAUCAGUGAUAAGGAGAAGCAUGCACAGUUCCAUAAAGAUAAUAGUGAAGAUGAUAUACAGGGACCAGAGACUUUAGGCUAUCGGCGGCAGUCAAGAUAUGGAGCUCAGGCUGUAAAUUAUCGUGCUCUUGCCGGUUAUCAGAUAUAUAAUACCUAACAUUAGACUUUUAAUCAGACUUAGUGUUUUUCCUUUAGAGUUAUAUAUUCUAACUUAGUUAGAAUUUUAUUUACUUAUAUCUUUAGUAGCUUCUGCCUUAAUAUCUGUAUUCGCACUAAACUACUUUAGUAU